AUGCUUGAAUUCAGCCUGCUGAACACUCUGACAAGUGAUGCUGCUUUUCUUCGCAUCACGCCAGACCGACAGCAGCAUUUUCAAUACGAGUCUGUCUCUUUACAUUGUGACGGGACUGCUGAUUCCACUCGAAUUACAGGGACCAGGAAUACUGAGGAAUUUAUUCCACUAUGUGACAUUAAGAGGACGUCAAAAGGGUCGUCCUGUAAGAUUGAGAGAAUCUAUCCAGCAGACAGUGGAGAGUACUGGUGUGAGACUGGAGGAGGAGAGAGAAGCAACAGAGUCAACAUCACUGUUGCUGAUGGCUCUGUGAUCCUGGAGAGUCCUGUCCUCCCUGUGAUGGAGGGAGAAUCUGUGACUCUGAGCUGCAGAAACAAGACGACUUCUACCAACCUCUCAGCUGAUUUCUUCAAAGAUGGCCACCUCAUCAUGGAGAGCAGUUCUGCAGAGACGACCAUUCAAAAUGUCUCCAAGUCUGAUGAAGGACUCUACAAGUGCAGCAUCAGUGGUGGUGGAGAAUCCCCAGAGAGCUGGCUGGCUGUCAGAGUAAACAAACAUCCUGCCAUCCCUUCAUCACCUGGUGAAGACUCUCCCUCCGAUGACUCCGACUCCUCUCACCUCCUCAUCCUGUGCGGCGCUGUCACCAUUUUCUUCAUGGCUCUGGUGCUGCUGCUGGUGGGACUACUUUAUAUUAAGAAACACAGAGCGUGUGGUGAGGACGCUGCAGACGAUUCAGACAGUCUGACCUAUACGGUUGUCUUCACGAAACCAAGGAAGGCAAAAGAUGAGGAAGACGACUCAUUUCAACCAAUUUAUUCUGCUCUGGCCAUGAAUGAGACUCCACAAGCUCUCCAGCAUGGUUUGUAUUAA